CAUUCAGCCCACAGGCUGCAUUUAAAAAAACAAAACAAAAAAAAAAACAUAGCAUAUAUACACAACAAGGACCAGCGACGUACUGGUAAAUCACUGGACUUUGGUUAUACCAGGAUGAUGCAGCUGCAGGAUUGCUUUUACAAGCAGCUGGAGACGAUGCUCCCCCUCCCCUGCUUCCUUCCAUGGCCUUCUCGGGCAGUCCCAUGCCAUCGGGGGAACCUGAGAAUGCAGCCGGUGUUUCUGCCAGCUGACCAUAGAGCUGAUUGGAGACCAGAAUGGUGCCAAUCAUCUCUAUAGUCUAAGAAAUUUGAAGUUACAAGCAU